AUGGGAAGCGCCGGCGACGUAUUUCACAAUGGCUGGACCACAGAGCCCAUUGCCAUCAUCGGAAUGAGCUCCAAGUUUGCUGGGGAUGCAGUGAACACCGAUAAUCUCUGGCGUAUGUUGGUCGAGGGGAGAAGCGGCUGGUCAACCUUCCCCGAGUCUAGGUUCCAUCCAGGAGGAAUCUUCAACCCAAACAAUGAACGAUUAAAUACAACGCACGUCAAAGGGGCACAUUUCCUUCAAGAGGAUGUCGGAUUGUUCGAUGCAGCCUUCUUUGGCUACUCAGGAGAGACAGCAGCUUCAAUGGAUCCUCAAUACCGCCUACAACUGGAGUCCGUUUACGAGGCCUUGGAAAAUGCUGGCCUGCCAUUGGUCGAAAUUGCAGGCUCGAACACAUCCGUGUUUAUGGGAGUGUUUGUGCACGACUACAGAGAUGCUCUACUCAGAGAUGCCGAUAAUCUGCCUCGAUUGAUGGCUACGGGAACUGGUGUCCCAAUGAUGUCCAAUCGGGUCUCACAUUUCUUCGAUUUGCGGGGAGCGAGUAUGACAAUUGAAACGGCUUGCUCAUCGGGAAUGACGGCGAUGCACCAAGCAGUUCAAAGUCUGAGAACCGGAGAGGCAGAUAUGUCAAUUGUGGGUGGGGCGAACCUCACCCUCAACCCUGACAUGUUCAAGGCGCUAGGGUCUGCAGGAUUCCUAUCUGGCGAUGGAAAGUCGUACGCCUUCGACUCGCGUGCCAGUGGCUAUGGGCGAGGUGAAGGUGUGGCAACUGUGAUCGUCAAGCGUUUAAGGGAUGCUGUGGCAAUGGGUGAUCCGAUUAGGGCCGUAAUUCGCGAAUCUAUGCUUAAUCAAGACGGAAAAACCGAAACCAUCACAUCCCCCAGCCAACAGGCGCAGGAGGCCCUAGUGCGCGAGUGUUAUCGGAAAGCAGGACUCGAUCCGCGCGAUACACAGUAUUUCGAAGCUCAUGGUACCGGCACACAGGCCGGAGAUACUGCUGAGGCACGCGCGAUUGCAUCGGUCUUUGCAUCUGACCGGGAACCCUUGCUCAUCGGAUCUAUCAAGACAAAUAUCGGGCAUACCGAAGCAGCAAGCGGGCUAGGAAGCAUCAUCAAAACAGCACUUGCCAUUGAAAAAGGCGUCAUUCCGGCUUCUAUAAACUUUGAAAAGCCGAACCCGAAGCUUGCUUUGGAAGAUUGGAAUCUGAAACUUGUUCGGGAAUUAGAGCAAUGGCCAUCAGCCUCAGUCCGGCGCGCAUCUAUCAAUAACUUUGGAUAUGGAGGCAGUAAUGCACACAUUAUUAUGGAAGGCAGCGCGUCGUGGGUAUCGGAUGGUGGCAGCAUCAACGGAUAUUCAAAUGGGCAUGUCAGAGGACGUACGAAUGGGUCUCUGAGCGCGUCCAAUAAAAGCGGCAAAAUCUCCCAGCUCAAAUCCCAUGUACAGUCUGAUCUUGAUGACUCCAAAGUUCUCGUCCUGAGUGGGAAGGAUGAGCAGGCUUGUCAGAAAAUGAUCUCGAAUUUGGCGGACUUCUUGGAACAAGACCAGUCAACACACUCAAAUCGGAAAAGUUUCCUUGAGAGCCUUGUCUACACACUGGGUCAACGCCGUACGCGAUUCCCAUGGACAGCAGCAUAUCCAGUUCCCAUCACCGAGGGAAUUGGUGCGGUCGCUCAGGUAGUCAAGUCACCCAAGUUCAAGCCUACGCGCAGCUCCCGCCGUCCCCGAAUCGGUAUGGUCUUUACGGGUCAGGGUGCACAGUGGCAUGCUAUGGGUAGAGAGCUCAUCAACGCCUAUCCAGUAUAUAGGGCCUCACUCGAAGAGGCUGACGGAUAUUUGGCGCAGUUUGGUGCCGAUUGGUCGUUGGUGGAGGAGCUAUUACGCGAUGGCGAGGCUACUCGCAUCAACGAAGUCGGCCUAAGUACUCCAAUAUGUGUGGCACUGCAAAUUUCGCUCGUCCGCCUCCUGCGCGCUUGGGGGGUUAUGCCUGUGGCUGUCACGAGCCACUCCAGUGGAGAGAUUGCCGCCGCUUACACUGUCGGGGCGCUGAGUUACCGAGCUGCAAUGUCCUUUUCGUAUCAUCGUGCUGUUCUGGCGUCAGACAAAAGUCUCCAAGGGCCCCUGAAGGGCGGCAUGGUUGCUGUUGGGCUCGGAUUGGAAGACACUGAGUCAUAUCUAAACAUGCUGACGUCCGGCAAGGCUGUUGUGGCGUGUGUCAACAGCCCAUCGAGCAUUACGGUUUCAGGAGACCUUUCGGCUGUCAUUGAAUUGGAAGAUCUUGCCAACACGAACGGUGUGUUCGCCCGUCUUUUGAAGGUGGACACUGCAUGGCACUCCCAUCAUAUGACUCCUAUUGCGAAUGCCUAUUGCGAAGCUCUUGACAGCAUGCGAGCAGACAACAAGGACCGUGAUGCCCUGAAGGACGUCAGCUUCUCGUCUCCAGUAACUGGAGGCCGAAUCACCAAUAUCGAAGAUAUCGCGCUGCCAGAGCACUGGGUCGAGAGCUUGCUACAGCCUGUCCAAUUUAUCGCGGCUUUCACUGACAUGGUACUAGGCGAAUCGGGGUCAUCUGCCGCGAACGUGGAUGUCAUUGUUGAGGUGGGUCCACAUACAGCUCUAGGAGGCCCCAUCCAGCAGAUCCUCGCGCUGCCCGAGUUCCAAGGAUUGCAGCUUCCAUACUAUGGUACCCUUGUUCGGAAAACGAGCGCACGAGAUAGCAUGCAGGCGCUCGCUGCGAGUCUACUGCAGGAAGGCUACCCCGUUGAUAUGGAAGGGGUCAACUUCCCCUAUGGCCAAUCUCCACAUGUCACUGUAUUGACGGACCUGCCAUCCUACCCCUGGAAUCACCAAGUUCGACACUGGGUUGAGCCCAGAUUGAAUCGAGCUCUCCGCGAAAGGUCGCAGCCCCCUCAUGAUCUUCUAGGGUCGCUCAUCGAGGGAUCAAACCCAAUCGCCCCAUCGUGGCGACACGUCCUUCGGAUAUCCGAGUCACCGUGGACCAAGGACCAUGCUAUCCAGUCAAAUGUUGUCUAUCCUGCUGCAGGGUACAUAUGCUUGGCGAUUGAGGCAAUCCGAAAGCUUUCGGCCGCUGAUCAGACGAGCAAGACGAAGGAUAUCUCCGGCUAUCGACUACGAGAUGUCGAUUUUCUACAAGCUCUUAUGAUUCCGGAUAGCUCAGACGGCAUUGAGAUUGAGACAACGAUCCGGCCGGUCGGUGCGAGGGAUGUUGCUGCUCGUGGCUGGCAGCAUUUUGAAGUAUGGACCGUCACAAUAGAUAAUCGGUGGACUCAACAUGCUAAAGGGCUGAUCUCUGUCGAGUUUGAAGGGUCCUCUCCAGAUGCUAUCCGGGCAGUGUUGGAAGACUUCCAAGGCUAUACUCGACGGGUGAUUCCAGCUGAUUUGUUCACCAACUUAAAGGCCCUUGGUAUUGCGCACGGCCCGAUCUUCCAAAACAUAAACAGUAUCGUCCAGUCUGGCUCGGAAAUGCGCAGCUUGGUGACCAUCACCGUGGCAGACACUUCGCUGCCCAACGACCUUCCUCGGGACAAUGUUUUGCACCCUGUCACCUUGGACUCGAUCAUCACCGCCCCAUACUCCACUCUUCCGGGGGUGGCAGCCCGUGAAAUCGCUGCCAAGGUACCCCGGUCUGUUGAGAGUCUCUGGGUAUCUAGCAAUAUUAGCCACAAACCAGGACAUCUUUUCAAAACCCAAUCCUCGCUCAUACGAAACGACACUUCAGGAAUGGUGGCAGAUGUAGUAGUUUCGGACCACAACUCUGCCCAUACCGUUCUUGAAAUGAAGGGAUUCUCGUACCAGUCUCUGGGGCGAAACAUGUUGCUCGAACAAGGCAAAUCUUGGGAGAAUGAGUUUUACAGCAAGAUAGCUUGGUCAUUGGACAUUUCGACCGCCUCGCCUGCCACCCUGGAUUUGGUGAGGAAGCAACUGGCCUGCAAUAUUGAUACCCCUGAGGUUGAUUCUACCAGAGAAAUAUGGCGUGUUUGCGUUUACUUCCUUCAAGAAGCGCUUCUUGCUUUGAAUCCGCGCGAUAUCGACCAAAUGCAGCCCCAUCAUGCGAAGUACUACUCAUGGAUGAACGCGACUGUACAGCGUGCUGCAGCUGGGCAAUUAGGCGCUGGCAGUACCAAAUGGGUGUCUGCCUUGGAUUCAGACAAGCAACGCCACAUCAAUCGAAUCUCUCAGCAUGGAGUAGUCGGUGAGAUAGUUCAUCGUCUGGGUACUGAGCUGCUAGCCAUACUGCGGGGUCAGACGAUACCCCUGGAACUAUUGUCAGAGGAUAAUCUGCUGUCUCGUCUCUACGGCGAAAUACCCAAGACGAAACGAAUAGGGUCACACCUCUCAAGCCUAAUUCGACACCUCACACACAAGAACCCUCGUGCCCGCAUUCUCGAGAUAGGCGGAAUAACUGGCGCUAUGACAAAAUAUGCCCUCGACGCUUUGGGUACGACCGAGUCUGGCGGUCCAAAUGCCUCAUUCUAUCACUACACGGAUAUUUCACCAGCCUGCCUUGAAGCUGCGAGGCAAGCCUUCUUUGCCUGGGGGACUUAUUGUCCUUCGACGAACUCGAUAUACAGCAUGAUCCAUCGACGCAAGGUUUUGCAAAUUACACCUAUGACAUUGUCAUCGCUUCUCAUGUGGCCUGGUGGAACUCUUCUGCUGAUGGAACAUGUUGAGAAUCAAAUCGACAUCGAAUUCGUCAACGGAUUACUUUUUGAGCAGUGGCUGGGUGAUGGGCGCGAUAGACGGGCAAGCGCAGUGCUCGACAAAGGAAUGUGGAAUCGCCAUCUUCAGGACGCUGGAUUCACUGGAGCUGCACUUGAGCUGCCUUACGGUGACAGUGAAGCCUGGACCUCGCUGACAAUCAUGUCGAACGUGCCAAAGCCAUUGUCUCAGAGAGUAUCUGCGAGCAAUUUCAUUAUUGUCAGAAGUGAAAAAAGCGGACGUCCCCCAAUAUCCUGGCUCGACAGUCUUAAAGAUUUAAUGGCCGCUUUCACCGAAUGCAAAGAAAGCGACGAACUAGUUAUCCAUGAUCUCGAGUCCACUGCUGCCAAUCCUGAAUUCUACGCUGGGAGGAUUGUCAUUUUUCUUGGCGAGAUGGAUGAGCCAAUUCUAUACGAUCUUGACUCUCCUUCCUUGGAGGGAAUCCGAACAAUGAGCACCGGUUGUCAAGGGCUACUUUGGGUCACUCGUGGCGGUGCCGUUGAUUGCGAAAGGCCCGAACUCAGCCUGGCUCCAGGGUUUAUACGUUCUCUACGCAACGAAUAUGUUGGUCGCAGAUUUCUCACCCUAGACCUGGACCCCAAGGGACCGCAAUGGUCUGGCACCGGUGCGUCUGCGAUCGCACAGGUACUGCAUGAUGCCUUCGGCAGUAUCGAAGAUGAUCAGCCCGCUGAGAAGGGCCCAGAGGAGCUGGAAUUCGCUGAGAGAGACGGCGUGAUUCUGGUACCGCGAAUGUACCAUGAUGUGGCGAGAGACAAGAUGCUUUCGCUCGACGGUUCGGAUGUGGACAUACAGGAGACGCUACCAUUCGAACCGUUCCACCAGCUAGAUCGCCCCUUGUGCUUUAAGCCAGAUUCUUUGGCCUUUGGUGACGAUGAAUUUGCCCUUGUCAACUCUGGAGUCUUCCCCUCCAGGUCAGUUGAAGUUGAGCCCAGAGCCUACGGCGCCACCUUGGGCGGCGGGAGGGAACCUAUACUCGGUCUGGAAUCCGCCGGCUUCAUCGCUCAGGUCGGCAGCGAGGCAGCCUCUCAGGGCUUUGCGAUCGGUGAUCGUGUCCUUUUUGUGUCAAAUCAUUCGUCAUUUUCAAGCCGCGCGGUUAUCGAUUGGACCUUGACGAUGCACAUGCCUGGCGAGAUGACCUUCGAAGAGGCAGCAUCCAUGCCCGUGGCCUUUCUCACGGCAUACCUUUCUCUGGUGGAGAUGGCACAGUUACAACGUAACCAAUCUGUCCUUAUUCAUAAUGCGGCUGGAGAUGUCGGGCAAGCGGCAAUAAUGCUUGCGCAGCAUCUCGGAGGAGAGAUAUUCGCAACGGUUGACGGCCCCAGCGAGCGGAGCUUGGUGAUAUUAAAGUAUGGCCUCGCCGCGGACCACAUAUUCAGUUGCAAAGACGCAUCAUUUGGCGCUGCAACUCGCGCCGCCACGAAUGGCCGUGGAGUAGACGUGGUCCUGAACUCACUCGCGGGACCGCUCCUGCAAGAGAGCUUUAACCUCGUCGCGCCUCUUGGACACUUCAUCGAAACUGGCAGGCGAGAUUCAGACGAAAACAGCCUUCUAGAAAUGCGUCCCUUCUCUAAGGGUAUUUCCUUUGCAGCUGUUGACAUUCCUAGUCUGUUGGAACACCGACAAUUACAGGUUCACAAAUGCCUGAGCGAGGUAAUGCGCCUCAUUAAGGCUAAGGUAAUGACUCCUGUGCAUCCCAUUGAUGUCUAUGCCUUAGCGGACAUCCCCAAGACUUCUCGCCUGUUACAGGGCGAGCGGUAUCUAGGCAAGGCCGUCUUUUCGGUCAAACCGGAUGAAUUGGUUCCUGUGCUUCCACGAACAGGGGCAGCACAGCUUUCUGGCGACGUGUCUUACUUGAUUGUGGGCGGUAGUGGUGGUCUUGCACAGUCGGUGGCGCAUUGGAUGGUGUCCCGUGGAGCUAGGAAUCUUGUCCUACUCUCACGCAGUGCUGCCACGAGUGAAAAGACAGCAACCCUUGCUCAUGAGCUCCGCGAGGCGGGAUGCCAUCGCGUGUUGCCCAUCAGCUGCGAUGUUGCCAACGAGGACGACUUGGCCCGAGCCAUCGACGAAUGUGCCCAAGCGGGACUACCAACGAUUCGGGGUGUUAUUCAUGCGGCGUUUGUCCUCCGGGACGCCUUCGUGGAAAAGAUGAAGCUGGAUGACUGGAAGUCCACCAUCCAGAGCAAGGUUUCCGGCGCAUGGAAUCUACACAACUUGUUUAACCUGCCUGGUGAUAUCGACUUCUUUGUCCUCUUCUCUUCUAUCAACGGGAUUCUCGGUUAUGCCAGUCAAUCCGCAUACUCAGCCGCCGGAGCUUACGAGGACGCACUGGCGCACUGGCGCGUCAAGCAGUGCGGCCUUCCUGCCGUUUCAAUUGAUCUCUCCGUUGUGAAUGCCGUCGGCUAUGUCGCUGAGGCCAGCUCAGCCGAGACCCUGCGCAGAUCUCUUGUCAAAGCUGGACGCAGAGUCAUUGACGAAGGCCAUGUCCUCUCCUCCCUUGAUUCGGCUAUUACGGCCCCUUACGACCCCCAGUUUAUUGUCGGAGGCAUAAACUCAGGUCCGGGCCCUCAUUGGGAUAUUGACGGUGACCUUGGUCGCGACAUGCGUGUCUUGCCACUCAAAUAUCGCCCGCCUACUUCCACUGGACAGGAACAGGAGCAAGACGGCACUGAGUCUCUGGCCGCCCAGAUAGCUAUAUGCGCGUCAAUGGAUGAAGCCACCCGGGUCGUAGGGACUGCCAUUGCUGAAAUGCUGUCAGAUAUGUUCCUGGUCCCUGUUGAGGAUAUCGACUUAAGUCAGUCUCCGUCGCAGCAGGGGGUCGACUCUCUCGUCGCUGUCGAAGUGCGCAAUAUGCUCUUCAGUCAUGCUGGUGCGGAGUUGUCGAUUUUCAAUAUAAUGCAAAGCCCGAGUUUGACUCUUCUGGCGGCUGAUGUUGUGGAUCGCAGCGCACACGUGAAGUUUGCUGCGUAG